GUUCUGGUGCGGAGAGGACCAGACGAGCGGCGGAUCUGUUUACCACGCACUGGACGCGGCGGCGGUUGCUUUUUCUGGUGACACUCGGAGUGACGGUGAAAUUUGAAGCUAAUUUUUUUUCCAAAGGAAAAGGGCCAGGAGGAGAAGCGCCAUGGCGGAUAAUAUAGUUGUCCGUAUCCAGUCACCGCAUGGCAUGAAACGGAUUAAUGUGGGGAAACGAGAAACUGGAGCCCAAUUAUUGAAGAAGGUUGCAAAGGAAUUUGGCUGUUCCAACAAUGGCUUUUCUGUAUAUCUUAACAGAAAUAAAACGGGAGAAAUCUCCCCCACAAUGAAUAAAUCGCUGUCCUUGCUUAAAAUCAAACAUGGUGACUUGCUGUACCUUUUUCCAUCAAAUGAUGCUGGGACUUCUACUCAGGUCAUGGAGACUUUGUCUCAGGCUCAUGGAGGGCAACGGGUUUUAACCCCAUCUACAAUCAAUAUUGUGGAGGAUGAAAUUGACCAGUAUUUAAACAAGCAAGAUGGAAAGAUUUAUAGAAACAGGGACCAUCAACAGUGUCGGCAUGGUGCACUGGGUAAAUGUGUUCAUUGUGUACCAUUAGAGCCUUUUGAUGAAGACUAUCUCAAUCACUUGGACCCACCAGUUAAACACAUGUCAUUUCAUGCAUACAUCCGGAAACUGACUGGUGGUGCUGAUAAAGGCAAGUUUGUUGCUUUGGAGAAUAUAAGUUGCAAAAUCAAAUCUGGUUGUGAAGGGCAUCCUCCAUGGCCUGAUGGAAUUUGUACAAAGUGCCAACCAAGUGCCAUAACACUUAACAGACAGAAAUACAGGCAUGUGGAUAACAUCAUGUUUGAGAACCAUACCAUCGCUGACCGAUUCCUCAACUUUUGGCGUCAGACAGGGAACCAGCGGCUUGGAUUCCUUUAUGGUCGAUAUACUGAACACACGGACAUUCCUCUAGGUAUCCGAGCCGAGGUUGCUGCCAUUUAUGAACCCCCACAGAUUGGUACAGCAAACAGCCUAGAACUUCUGGAGGACCCCAAAGCUGAAGUUGUAGAGGAAAUUGCUUCUAAACUUGGAUUGAGGAAGGUUGGUUGGAUAUUCACAGACCUUCUAUCCGAGGACACAAGGAAAGGCACAGUCAAGUUCAUCAGGAAUAAAGAUGCACAUUUUCUAAGUGCAGAGGAGUGCAUCACAGCAGGAGAUUUCCAGAACAAACACCCCAAUGCUUGCCGACUAUCUCCUGAUGGUCAAUUUGGAUCCAAGUUUGUUACCGUCUUGGCAACAGGUGGCCCAGAUAAUCAGGUUCAUUUUGAAGGUUACCAGGUCUCCAAUCAGUGUAUGGCCUUAGUGGGUGAUGACUGCUUUCUGCCAUGUAGAGAUGCACCAGAACUGGGAUACGUAAAGGAGUCUUCCAGUGAACAGUAUGUUCCUGAUGUUUUCUAUAAGGACAUAGACAAGUUUGGCAAUGAAAUUACACAGUUGGCACGGCCAUUGCCAGUUGAGUACCUCAUCAUAGAUAUUCCCACGACUUUUCCAAAGGAUCCUGUUUACACUUUUGCUUCAUCUCCACAACCUUUCCCUGUUGUGAACAGAGAUGUUGUCGGAGAGACGCAGGAUUUUCACACCCUGGCCUCCUACUUGGCACAGAGUCAAUCAUCUGUUUUUCUUGAUGUCAUCUCAGAUUUCCACCUGCUUCUCUUUCUGGUUACCAAUGAUGUUAUGCCACUCAGGGAUAGUAUCAAUUUGCUGUUGGAAGCAGUGAAAACACGGAAUGAGGAACUUGCCCAGACCUGGAAGAGAUCAGAACAGUGGGCUACUAUUGAACAGCUCUGCAGUACAGUGGGUGUACAAGCGCCCAGUGCUUCUGAAUUUGAUGCAUUGGGAGGAUCCCAGCAGUCUACUCCCACGGCUAUGUGGUCCUGUAGACACUGCACCUUUAUGAACCAGCCAGGCACUGAUCAAUGUGAAAUGUGCAACCUCCCCAGAAUCUAACCAGCAGCAAAUAAAGCCUAAUCUUGCCCUACCAUUUGACCCUUUUCCAAUAUGGUAAGACAACAAGCUGGCUGCCAGGACACUUUGGAUCCAGCAAGGAAACUCUACAAGCGAAAUUGUACUUUUGAGAUCUGCCUGGACUUCAUUAAUAGAUAUUAAAAGGAAAUGAUUGCUAAAUACAA